UUGAUUUUAUGACCAAAAAAAAACAGAUGAGUCUGCCAAGUCAGAAAAAGCUUUUGAGAAAAAAGCACUUUCCCUCUUGUAUAGAGUUGAUCUUGAGCUUUGCUUUGCUCUAUGACCCUCAUUCCGAUUGCAAAGCUCAAGUGACACUAUAAAGUACACACCUUUACACUCAAUGGGGUUCAACCACGUGCUGUUGCUGCUGCAUGCUCUCUCUCUCUCUCUCUCUCUCUCUCUCUCUCUCUCUCUCUGGUGAGAUUCAUUGGCUGUUGAAUUGUCAGAAUCUAUUGAUGAAGCACACCAACUGAUUUCUUGACAAUAUUAAGAUCAUUUCAUAGUUCACUAUCUGUUUACAAAGUUUUUGGGCACUUUUAUGACUUGUGAGCUUCUUAAUCCAAGAUAUAUUGUAUAAUCAAAAGGCUAGUAUAAUCAACUGAUCAUAUAUCUUCCAAAAUGGGAUGUGUUUUGUCAAGUGCUAAUGGGGAUGAGAGGCUUGGCAAGUGCAAGGAAAGGAAGAGGAUAAUCAAACAGUUACUUGGUUAUAGAGAGGAGUUUUCUGAUUCCCUAUUAGCUUAUUUGAAAGCAUUGAGGAAUGCUGGUGCCACCCUUAGGCAAUUCACCGAGUCAGAUACAUUAGAGUUUGAAAUUGCCUCUAAUGGCGUGGCUGACCCGCCUUCUCCACCUACCCAUCUGCUACCACCACCCUUGCCUCCUUUUCUUGCUGACGAGACUGCGUUGCAAAUGGCCCAAGAGGAAAUACAAGAGAAUGAUAACAACUAUGUUCCUACACUGGAAACUGAUCCCAGUGUGAACUCGCAUUGGCUAUUUCAACCUGCUGUUCAAGUAGAAUCAGUUGAGGAGGAGAAUUGGGAAGAAACUAAAACAGAAUUCGAGGAUGAGGACCCAGACUCAGAAGCUGGUGGGAGUGUUGGAAAAUCGCGUAGUGUGAAGCAACCUUCCAUAGGACCAAUUGAUGAUAAUUCCUCUGCAUUGAGUAUAUAUAGAAAAGAGACGACAACUUUGCCGAUGGUGGUUGGUAGAAAAGGGAAAACAUUGGAGGGUAUAGUUAAAGAGUUAGACGAUUAUUUCCUGAAAGCAUCAGCAUGCAUAAAGGAAAUUGCUGUUCUUAUUGAUAUCAGUGGAGCAGAUACUCUUCUGCGGCAGAAUUCUAGGCGUCACAAUAGGAAGAGAGACAGUUCUGCAAAGGUCUUCAGUGUACUGUCACGGAGUUGGUAUUCUAAGUCAACCCAGUUCACCAAAGAUACCACUGAGUUUUCUGGUCCUAAUGAACCAUGCAAGCCUGGGGCUCAUUGUGCCACACUUAAAAAAUUAUAUGCCGCAGAGAAGGAACUUUUCAAGGCAGUUAAGGAGGAGGGAAUUGCCAAAUUGGAGUUUGACAAGAUGUCCUUGUUACUGGAAAAGCAAGAGAAUGAGAACCUUGACUUGGUCAAAAUUGAGAAAACUCGAUCAAGAGUUGAGAAUUUGCAAUCAGAUGUAAUAAGCCUACAGCAGUCUAUCAGUGAAACAACUUCAUUAAUUUUGGAGGUUAUAGAUGAGGAGCUUUUACCGCAGCUGGUUGCAUUAACUGCAGGGUUGGCACAAAUGUGGAGGACAAUGCACGAGUGCCAUAGGGCCCAAGCACUCAUCUCCCAGCAGUUGAAUAACCUCAGUGAUAACCAUAACACAAUACUGAAUUCUGAAUAUCAUCACCAGGCUACAAUUCAGUUUGAGACUGAGGCCUCUUAUUGGUAUAAUAGCUUUCGCAAACUUGUGAAAUCUCAACGAGAUUAUGUAAGUACCCUCCAUAGGUGGAUUGAGCGUACUAGCUGCCUCAGGGAUGGUCAUCAACGUAAGGAUCACUCCUCUAUUGAUAGUAUUUGUCAACAGUGGGAGCUUGGGCUUGGCGGAUUACCUGACGAGGAGACCUCUGAUGAAAUAAAAAGUCUUUUGUUAUCCAUCCGUUCCAUUAUUGCCCAACAGACCGAGGAAGAUAAUAUUCUGAAAAGGUUGGAAAAAGUUGAAAGGAGGUUGCAAAAAUGCUUGAACUCGCUGGCUGCGAUGCAAGAAAAAAAUGAACCGAGCUCUGAAGAUGAUGGAGAAAUAGCUGAUAUGAACACCAAGCUUCCAUUAUAUGCUAAAAAAGCUGAAGCUGAAGCCUUAAAGAAGCAAGUGGAAAGUGUGAAAGAAAAUUAUUUGGAUUCUGUCCAGUGUAGUAGGGCCAUGACACUCAAUCACCUCAAAACUGGACUUCCCCAUCUCUUCCAAUCACUGAUGGAAUUUUCAAGUGCUUCAGCCCAAGCAAUUGAGAGUAUCAAUGCCCAGUCAAGCCAGUAGAAUGGAGUGAAUAGUGCAUCACAAACUUCGUGAUAUGAACAAAGAAUAUAUGUUGGUGAUAUAAAUUGUGUUCUUGAUGGCCUGUAUAUUGAAAUAACAUUAUGUUGAGCCAUUCUGAUGGUUUUUUGUAUACCUUCAACUCUCCUUAAUCCUUUACUACACUGAAAGUACUGAAAUGCAGUGAUUGUGUAGAAAACAUAUGUGGCAGGGAGAUUUUAAAUAUAUACCAUUUUAUAAGAUUAGGAAAUUGUCAUGCUAUUUAGGACA